AUGGCCUCACUGACUCAUGGGGGUGGGGAUGCCCUAUCUCUCCGCACUAUUCGCAGCCAUACGAAUCAAGCGAAUAAUGGAAGUGAUGAGGAUCACAGCGCCAGAGCUAUCCAGCGCGCGGAGGACGAAGAUACACAUCCCCAGCCGUCUCAGACGUACCAGUGCCUCCUCGUCUUCGCAGGCUUCAUGAUGACCUUCCAUGUCAUCGGUAUCAACUCAAUCUACGGUCUCUUCCAGGAAUUCUACACGUCUCCUGAGACAAACAUCAAGGGUGCGGAAGGGCAGGACGCUCUGGUAUCCCUUGUUGGGACCAUCGGCAGCGGACUGACCUGGAGCGGAAGCAUCUUUGUGAACCCAAUGAUCGGAAGAUUUGACAAUGUGAAGCUCAUUUCCCUGACCGGCGCAUUCAUCAUGAGCGUUGGCAUAGUGUUGGCGAGUUUCUGCACUGAGCUGUGGCAACUGUACUUGACGCAAGGACUGCUCUACGGGAUUGGUUCCAGCAUGUAUUACUUUCCCAUCAUGUCACUCACGCCCGCGUACUUCGACCGUAAUCGCGGCGCGGCGAUGGGAAUUGUGCUUGCCGGCAGCGGUAUCGGUGGUCUAGUCCUCUCGCCAGUCUUCCACACCUUGCUCACUCGUCUCGGGAUCCGAUGGGCUCUGCGGAUCCUGGGCAUGUGGAACUUUGUGCUGGGCAUCCCUAUCUCAAGCGUUCUGACGAAGAAACACGGGGCCGCUGCGAACGCCGCGGGGCGCACUCGUUCCCUUGGAGCCCUCCUUCAAGCGGCCGGCAAUAUGGUGCCGGUGUACUUCCUGACCACGUACUCCGUGUCCGUCCUCUCGUACUCGAGCUCCACGGGCAGUCUCCUGUUGGCUGUAAACACCGCCGUGAACAGCGCAGCACGCAUAGGCAUGGGGAUUCUCGCGGAUCGCGUGGGACGGCAGAACACCAUGGUCCUAAGCGUCAUCCUAUCCGGUAUCGCUGUCUUCGCCCUGUGGUAUGACUCCGACCGCGCGCGCUUCCUCGCCUUCGUUGUAUUCUACGGCAUCCUUGCCGGGGGAUAUAACGCGCUCCUGCCGACCACGAUUACGGAACUGUACGGCGUCCAGAACUACUCCAGCGUGAACGCGUUCAUAUACUUCAUUCGUGGGCUCGGAGCGCUGUUCGGCGCGCCCGUUGCGGGUCUUAUUCUGGGGAGUCACCAACGGGGCGCGCGUGUUACGGGAAGCAUGGCAUUCAACAUGGGCGUCCUGAAGAAUCGGUACAACGAGGUCGCUAUCUUCGACGGAGUUCUCCUUCUCGCCGCUGGAGCAUGCGUCGCAUAUGUUCGAUGGUUGGAUGCCCGGGACAAAGGGGGGUGGGCGUGGAAGGCGUGA